AUGUGUGUAAUGACCUUGUUAGUGGGCGGUUUUGAGUCCCACGUUUUAUUCGACUCUGGAGCAUCGAAUUGCUUCAUUACACCGGAGCGUGCCGAGAAGAGUGGCAUCCGGAGUAGCGCGGGCGAGAGCGCGGGCAUGGUCAAGGUGGCGGGAGGUGGAUUCUUGUCUACUUUGGGCCGUGCUAGAGGAGUCGAGAUCGAGAUUGCGGGGCAGUCAAUGCCAGCAGACUUAGUCAUCAGUCCGGUGGAGCUGUAUGACGUUAUUCUCGGGAUGGACUGGUUGUCACACUACAGAGUUCAUCUGGAUUGCUACAGAGGUAGAGUGGUCUUCGAGCGAGAUGCAGGGAGGUUGGUUUAUCAGGGAGUGAGACCGACUUCCGGGAGUAUUGUGAUAUCUGCUAUUCAGGCCGAGCAGUUGUUAGAGCGGGGCUGUGAGGCGUAUCUGGCGACGAUUUCUAUGUCUGAGUCAGGAGCUGGAGUUGUUAUGGGAGAUAUUGAGGUUGUCCAGGAUUUUGAGGAUGUCUUUCAGUCACUGAAGGGAUUACCACCAUCUCGGUCUGAUCCUUUCACGAUUGAGUUAGAGCCGGGGACAGCACCGAUAUCGAAGACGCCUUACAGGAUGGCGCCAGCUGAGUUGGCAGAGCUGAAGAAGCAGAUAGAGGACCUUUUGUCUAAGGGGUUCAUUCGACCGAGUGUUUCACCGUGGGGAGCACCGGUGUUGUUUGUGAAGAAGAAGGAUGGCAGUUUCAGACUUUGUAUCGAUUACAGAGGUCUUAACCGAGUCACUGUGAAGAACAGGUACCCACUCCCGAGGAUUGAUGAGUUGUUGGAUCAGUUGAGGGGUGCUACUUGGUUCUCCAAGAUUGACUUGGCAUCGGGGUAUCAUCAGAUCCCGAUAGAUGAGGCAGAUGUCAGGAAGACUGCUUUCAGGACGCGUUAUGGGCAUUUUGAGUUUGUGGUUAUGCCUUUCGGUUUGACUAACGCGCCGGCAGCCUUCAUGAGAUUGAUGAACGACGUGUUCAGGGAGUAUUUGGACGUGUUCGUCAUCAUUUUCAUUGAUGAUAUUCUGGUAUACUCGAGGAGUCAGGAGGAGCAUGCGACUCACUUGAGGUUGGUUCUGGAGAAGCUUCGGGAGCAGAAGCUUUUUGCUAAGUUGAGCAAGUGCAGUUUCUGGCAGCGAGAGAUGGGAUUUCUUGGCCACAUUGUUUCUGCAGAGGGAGUUUCUGUGGAUCCGGCUAAGAUUGAGGCUAUCAGAGAUUGGCCUAGACCUAGUAGUGCCACCGAGAUCAGGAGUUUUCUGGGUUUGGCAGGAUACUACAGGAGGUUCGUCAAGGGGUUUGCUACCAUGGCGCAGCCGAUGACGAAGUUGACCGGGAAGGAUGUCCCUUUUUUGGUCAGCUGA